ACCUUGACACUUCCCUCCAAGUCGCAUCCAGCCUUGGCAUACUUACGUGGUCAGAGAGUGUUUAUUGGCAUACUUACGUAGUCAGAGAGUGUUUAUUUGAAGUGGUAAGUGAAACUAAUUCCACAGGUAACCAUGGCAGGACGCAAAGUCGCCGUGGACUUCGAUAAGAUCAUCCAGACUGAUCGCACAAGACGUAAGAAUGAAGCACUUGCAGAUGACAUUUUCAACCGUGGUCGUCGCCAAAGUGCCCCUGGCGCCGCAGCCUUCCGUAAGCCAGGAACUGGCCCUUCUCUUGCCAGCAGAGUCGGCAUUAGCAAAGAACGUUCCCGCUCCAUCACACCGAAACCCAUAGGCUCCGCGAAGUUCCCCAAGAGACAAGUUCCCGCAGGCAAUGUCAACUCAGACUGGACCCACGAUCUCCAUGGCGUCAACAACCCCAGCCCACUUGCUCCAUCGUCCUUCUAUAACAAGAACAUGAAACCCGGCCGCAAUGCUCAGUUUCGCACCCUACUCAGCAACUCUGCGUCGUCGCCCAACUUGAACGCCCAGUUCAAUGUGCUCCCAAAGGCGGGCACUGGCUUGUCCAUCCGCGGCAUUGCAGGUCCAACCACCGUUCAAGCACAGAAUUUCGCACCUGGAACAACUGGAGCGGACAUUGAGAGCGCAAUGACACCAAUUGGCGGCAAAAUCCUCAAAUGCAUCAUCGUAGCAACCAGGCCGAUCGUUAUCGCCGAGAUCGUGUUUGAGCACAGAGAGGGUGCCAACGCGAUCAUCGAAACUUUCCAUAACCAGACUGCCGACGGGCGUGUCCUCAACCUCUUCAUCAAGCCCGACGUUGUUCCUGCCCCUAAAGCCGCUGGGCCUGCCACAGCCCCUACUGGCCCUGCCAUCCCGGUCGGCCCUCGCGCUGACCGCAACAACGCCAGGCCUACGCGCCCUGCGGACUCCGAUCACUACAAUCAACGCAACCGUGGCAGCAGCAGAAAUGAAGUUGUGGAUGGCUCAUACGGAUUCGAGGACGAUCGCAUGGACACGGAUCAAUACGAAGCCCCGAAACCGCUGUACAGCGACAACAUGGUUGACGGGAGGAGUGACAGGGGCAAUUACCGUGACGGCGGGAGAGGUUACAACCGGGGCGGUGGACGUGGUGGAGCGAGAGGCCGCGGAUACAGAUGA